GGCUUUUUCAGCUCAAUGCGGUAGUGGUCUGCAAAAAAAGUCACGCAAAAUGGCUCUCAAUCUGACUGUCAAGUUGCAUCCUGUUGUAUUAUUUCAGAUUAUUGACUCUUAUGAGCGUCGUAAUCCUGAUGCACAGAGAGUAAUUGGAACGUUGCUUGGCACAUCAGAUAAAAAUGGUGUAGAAGUGACCAACUGCUUUUGUGUGCCUCACAAUGAAUCAGAAGAAGAAGUGGCUGUGGAAUUGGACUUUGCCAAGGAUAUGUAUGACCUGCAUCGUAAAGUUAAUCCCCAAGAAAGCAUUGUAGGUUGGUGGGCAACUGGUACUGGAGUCACAUCUCACUCUGCUCUUAUUCAUGAGUACUACUCCAGAGAGUCCUCCAAUCCUGUUCACAUUACAGUGGACACCACAUUGCAAGAUACCCGUAUGGGAAUCAAAGCUUAUGUCAGUGUCCCAAUGGGUAUCACAGGCAAAACUAUGGGAUGCAUGUUUGCUCCUGUUUCUGUUGAGAUAGCAUGCUAUGACCCAGAAACUAUUGGAUUAAAUGCCUGCCAGAAAACCAAAACCUCGGUUAAACGUCAAGCGGGCAUCGCUUCGGAUCUUACUCAGAUUGUUGAAGCCUCGCAGCAGAUGGAAAACAUGCUGGACACUAUCUUGGCUUAUGUUGACGACGUAAUGAGUGGCUCCAAAACGGCUGACAACACGUUUGGUCGUUCUCUAUUAGAUAUGGUUCAUUCGGUACCUAAAAUGACACCCGACGAAUUUGAAGAGAUGCUUAAUUCAAACCGAAAGGAUUUAUUGAUGGUAUUAUAUCUAUCACAACUUACCAAGACUCAACUGUCGCUGAACGAAAAACUCACAUUGUUGACAAUUUAAUUCAGAACGUUGAUAUAAAAAAUAAAAAUGAACAUCUCCCAAUUAAAAAA